AAUGAACAUGGAAAAAGCAACAGCAGUAGUAUAUCAUCAAGUAAUUCAAACUAAACUUAUAAAUAAUGAAAAAAUAGUGCUUAAAAAGGGCGAAGCUUUUGUUGAAAAGAAACAAACUUCAGAGAUAGCUAAAACUAAACAAUGUGAUAUACAAAUUGAAAUAUCUGCCAUGGUCAGAAUCUGA